AUGGAGAACGACCUCAUGACCCCUGCGACGUCUCUAGGACCAGAGGUCUUUGCGCAGAUUGAGAAAAUUUCCCAGCUUGAAUUCGAACGCGACGAAGCUCGACAUUGGGCGUCAAGGCGUAUCCGCUUUUUGGUCUACGAUGAUUCCGACUGCAAGACCAACGGUUUCGAUAGCGAUGACGAAGACGGAAUGGAACAACAGGCGGCAAACUUGAGUCUUGGUAAUCCUGCAGCUCGAAUCCCAAAAAGAGUCGGUAUGGCUGUACGACCAGAAAGUCACAACAAUUCCGAACAGCUUACAUGUCGAGUUUGUGCCUCGUAUCCCGAGUUCCCACACAAGUGGAAGCCCAGGAAAUUCCGUCUGGUCAAUCCGGUGCUUGAACACCCAGAAUUGUUCAAAGAUGAAAGUCGCCACUGGCGCGACCUUUGUGGGCACUAUGCGGCAGUAUCAUAUUGCUGGCCCCCUUAUGGGGAACCCCCGACUCCAAGAACAUACACGGUCCGGGACCUCGACGGGCGUGUUCGAUCUAGUCGUGCUCUUGACGACGUUCUAGAUCGCGCUGUGGACUUCGCCAAUUCAUAUGGCCUUCGCAUGAUAUGGAUCGAUCAAGAAUGUCUCCCCCAACCGACUGAGAACAGCCCGAAAGAAGACUGGAAUGAACAAGAACUUGGAAUACAGUCUAUGGACAUUGUUUACAACAGAGCUGUGGUCACAGUGGGUUUGCUGGACGUCGAGAUCACAUCGCAGGAGCAACUCACGGCCAUCGAGGCGCUGCUCUAUCGUGACCCAAGACGCUAUGAAGAUAUGAUGGAUUGGCCUUUCUGCGAGCGAAUACUUGAAUUUCUCGACAGAACUAGUCACGAUCGGUGGUAUACCCGAGCGUGGGUUGUUCAAGAGGCUAUUUGUGCUGGAAGUGGCUUGAUGCUAGCCUUUCGGCGUAGUCCAGGUCUGAAGUUCCGAUCGUCUCAUCGCUUUGAGCAGACCUGCCGUAAUCGUCCUUACCACUCACUCGACGAUGACCAGGAGUUGUUUGAGUCAAAGCUCGUCUGCAUACACGUGCUUGGAUUCUGGCGCAUUCUCGACCGAAUGAAGUCUAAGCUUACAAGCGACUCUGUUCAUAUGGGAUACCAUCAUGUGCGAUUUAGUCUAGGAAAAGAAGUUUAUCCGGGAGCUCGAUCCGUGCUUGAAGCAGCAGAUCGUCUCCAUCCAAGGGCCGAGAAAGGAAGCUCGGUGCCUCAGACUGUAAUGUUUGAGCUGGAUGGGUUCUAUGGUAAACGACCUGUGAUGAAUGCCGCAGGUGCUCUGACGUUGUUGAAGCAUCGCGAAUGUUACUUCAAUGCCGACAGAAUUGCUAUCAUAGCGAAUAUGUGCGAUUAUGAUUUCCGGCUGGACACGAGAAAAGUCAACGCCAAUUCCGGUUCACUACGUAUAGCUAUUCUGGCAUUAGCACUGAGCAAUGGCGACCUGUCUCUGUUAGUUCCAGAGGCUUACCCACCGCAGGAUCGCGACCAUCAAGAAGAUGCGUGUGCUCGAAGUGCACCGACCCUGUUCCAAGAUUUUCACCGGACUGCUCAUCGAAUCGAUCACUGCCAAGUUCACGACUAUAUCAACGCAAGGCUUCAAACAACACAAGCAGGCGAGUUCACUGCUGACGGAAUGCUCUUCAACUCGUAUCUAUGGUCAGUGCAUCGUGAGAUUGACUUCACACCUAUUCAAGCGGUGUGGGCUGAUACUUGGGAAUCAUACAAAUCCUGGCACCUGGAUUUUCCGCGCCUGAAAGACGAGACCCUGGAACAAGCUCAUACGCGCCAAAACACAUUCAUUCAAAGACUUGAUCAACCAAGCAUAGCCUCACAAGCUCUUCGCGACUUUCGACAUAUGGGCCGUAUCUCAGGCGAAUCAGCUCUAUGGAAAGGCCUCGAUCAUACUGGAAUACAUUUUGAACGAGUGAUUGAUGUUAAACGCGUCCGACAGGACCCGCAAAUGGGUGACAAAAUUGCUCAGAUCAUCUUUAGUAUCCUCCACUAUGUCAGGUACACCCUGGCCGCAUCAGAAGAAGGAGAAUUGAUGAAGGGCUUGGCCAACAGCAUAUGGCAGUCAGUCCGAGCUGAUCAGGCUCCGGAUUCAGACCACUUUCUACCAGAUAAGGUCGACGACACACUCUUCGCUCACCCGGAUGUCAUGGAGCGCCCCUUUGCCACUUUACAGCUCGACGAGACUCACGGAUCCAGCUUCGCGCAGUUAUGGUUCAUCGACCGAAUCAUGCAACACGGACGACUUUGGUGUGGAACAUACACUCCACGGGAUCACCAGAUCUUUCACCGCUCGCCUGGCAGCUUACAAGCGGACUCCACCUUGGAAGAAGAUUUGGAGGCACACCAAAAGAUCCUAGAAGCGAACAACCUGCCCGAAAAAUUGAUCAUCCGGAAACAACUCUCGCGCAUGAUGUUCACUAUGCUGAUCGAACGCAUUUUCGCUAGCAAGCCCGGAUUAUCGAAACACCGCCACACCAUGGUGGCUUAUGCUUCCACUGAAGCCUUGGACUUGUGGUCAGACCGUAAAGAGAGGAUACGACAAAAGACUCUCAUGUCCACCUUCGACGUAGACGGACCAUGCCUGGUGGCAACGCCAUACAAUUCAGAAUGGGAAAUACUGCCGCAUCCAAGGCUCCGUAGCGCGAGUGUAUGCUGGGUCGUUGAACUAAAAGAGAGCAGUGGCGGUGCCACACGGACACAUAUCAAGAAGGAAGACGACUCCACAGAUUUGAAUCCUGGUCUUGCAAGCGGAUCAGAGGUCGGAGAGAAGGAGAAGGCAAAGGAAGUAACAUCUGAUAACUCACAGGAAGCAAAGCCUUCCUCAGGCGUUGAGUAUCACACCCCCAAGAAUCGUUUGGGACAGCGGGAUCUUGACUUACGAGUAUUGGCAAAGGUGAAAGGGUUAUGGCAGAUUAUGGAUGUUCCUUCUCAGAUGUACCUGUUUACCCCCGACAAGCCCCCGAAGCCGCCCUCGCCUCUGCGCAUCGCCAGCCAGCUCACAACCGCCUCGGCCAUCCUCUGGGACCCCAAGUUCACCUCGCGAGCGCCCCCGGGCAGUCUCCAGCCCGUCCACGCCGGCACGCUUGUCGCCCCGCACCGCACCGACUCGUCCAUCAGCGUCCGCAACCUCGGCGACGGCUACACACAGCCCAUCGUGCCUACCAUGGACAACCGCCGCCACCCCAGCUCCUUCCAGCAGCUCGAGAAGCUGGGCGAGGGUACCUAUGCCACGGUCUUCAAGGGCAGAAACCGCCAGACAGGCGAACUCGUAGCCCUCAAGGAGAUCCACCUCGACUCGGAGGAAGGCACGCCCUCGACGGCUAUCCGCGAGAUUUCCCUCAUGAAGGAACUACGCCACGAGAACAUCGUCCUGCUGCACGACGUCAUACAUACCGAGAACAAGCUCAUGCUCGUCUUUGAAUUCAUGGACAAGGACCUCAAGCGAUACAUGGACUCGCGCGGCGACCGCGGUGCUCUGGACCCCGCCACCAUCAAGUCCUUCAUGUACCAGCUGCUCAAGGGAAUCGCCUUCUGCCACGAAGCCCGCGUCCUCCACCGCGACCUGAAGCCCCAGAACCUCCUGAUCAAUAACCGUGGCCAGUUGAAGCUGGCCGAUUUCGGUCUCGCUCGCGCCUUCGGCAUCCCAGUCAACACCUUCUCCAACGAAGUCGUAACCCUGUGGUACCGCGCCCCCGAUGUGCUGCUCGGCAGCCGGACCUACAACACCAGCAUCGAUAUAUGGUCAGCAGGCUGCAUCAUGGCCGAGAUGUACACCGGGCGGCCGCUGUUCCCCGGAACCACCAACGAGGACCAAGUGCAGAAAAUCUUCCGGCUGAUGGGCACACCGUCUGAACGAUCAUGGCCAGGUAUCUCGCAGCUGCCAGAGUACAAGAACAACUUCCCCGUAUACCACACCCAGGACCUGCGUCUCAUACUGCCACAAGUCGACCAGGUGGGGCUGAGUUUACUCAACUGCAUGCUGCAGCUACGGCCAGAGAUGCGCAUUAGUGCUGCGAACGCUCUUUCACAUCCGUGGUUUAAUGACCUGCCUCAACGGCAGCAGGAGAUGCAGAUGCAGGCCCAAGCACAGGCACACGCGCAGGCCCAACAAGCGCAGAUGGGUGGCUACCAGGUGCCUCAAAACGCAUACUAG